GAUGAGCCUGUCGCCCCCUUCAACCCCAUCUCCAUGGGCCUGAAGGAGAUUGGCGGCUUGGCUCACUUCCGUGUUAGCUCUUUCAAGCCUGGCAACGGCGUCGAGGAGCUCGUCAGCGACGACACGGAUCGAUACUGGCAAUCCGACGGAAUCCAGCCGCAUCGCUUGACCAUGACCUUUGUCAAAUGCGUCGAGAUCCGCGCCCUGCGCUUCCAUGUCGACUACCACCAGGACGAGUCCUACACGCCCACGCGCAUCAUGUGGUACGCGGGCACCUCCGAGCACAGCCUCAUGCACUUUGCAACAUCGAACUUGGUCAACCCAGAGGGCUGGACCGACGUGCCCCUCGCAGGCGCGGGCGGCGGCGAGGACGGAAACUCGCUGCUAGCAUGGGUCGUGCAGAUGCAGAUCAUUGAGAACCACCAGAACGGCAAGGACACCCACAUCCGGGGCGUCAAGAUCUACGGC